AUGCCUUCUAACCUAAUCACUGUCACCCAGGGAACCUGGCUGCCAGAAGAAGUCAAAGUCAGCAUGCUGCCCGACCUCCCAAAGCUUACCACAAGCAUGGACCCUAGCGAGUGGUGUCGUAUUGUACGCAAGGCUCUACGCCUAGACUUGCUCCAUUUCCUGGUUGAAAUUUCGGUCAUCCACCCCAAACCAUCCGACAAAGAUUACGAAAACUGGCUUUCUUGGUCGGCUGCUGUCUACCUGUGGCUGUAUACGAACAUGGAAGAGAACGUGCGGAAUAUGAUCCACAACAUGUCUGAUCGACCUGAGGAUCUGCUCGCUGAUUGGCUUUAA